AUGAACUGCUCAAUAGAUAAUAAUAUAUCAUCAUCAGCUUUAAGAAAAAGAAAAAUUUUAAAAAAAUCAAUUAAUUUUUCUAUAAUGAUCGUUGGAGAAAGUGGUUCUGGUAGAUCAACAUUAAUUAAUACAUUAUGUGGAGGUAAUUCAAUUGUACAAACUUCUUCAACAAUAAAUCAAGAUCCUUUUCAAAGAAAAUUAACUUUAAGAAAUGAAAAUGUUGAAUUAGAAGAUAAUGAAGGUCAUAAAAUAAAUUUAAAUAUUAUUGAUACUCCAAAUUUUGCAAAUCAAAUAAAUUGUAAUGAUGAUUUUAGAGUUAUUGUUGAUUUUAUAAGACAUCAAUUUGAUGAAGUUUUAUUGGAAGAAUCAAGAGUUAAAAGAAAUCCAAGAUUUAAAGAUGGUAGAAUUCAUAUUUUGAUUUAUUUAAUUAAUCCAACUGGUCAUGGAUUAAGUGAAAUUGAUAUUAAAUUUUUAAAACAUAUAAAUAAUUUAGUUAAUAUUAUACCAAUUAUUUCAAAAGCUGAUUCAUUAACUCCUUCAGAAUUAAAAUUAAAUAAACAAUUAAUUUUAGAAGAUUUAAAUAAAUAUGGUAUUAAUUAUUAUAAAUUUAAUGAAUAUGAAUAUGAAUCUGAUUAUAUUGAUGAUGAAAUUAUUGAAUAUAAUAAAUAUUUAAAUUCUUUAUUACCAUUUGCAGUUAUUGGAGCUAAUGAAUAUAGAAGAAAUCCAAGUGGUAAUGGAAACCCUAAUACAACAACCACUGAUGAAGAUGUUGAUGUUGAUGAUAUUAUUAAAUUAAGAGUAUUAAAUAAAGAAUUUAAACCAAUUAAUAUUGAUAAUUCAGAUUUUAAUGAUUUUACUAUUUUGAAAAAUGUCUUGUUAAUUACACAUUUAAAUGAAUUCAAGGAUAUUACUCAUGAUCAAAUUUAUGAAAAUUAUAGAACUGAAGCAUUAUCAGGUAAAACUUUCCAAUAUAUGAAUAAAAAUAAUUCAGAAGAAGAUGGUAGUUAUAGAUCUUAUACUACAACAAGUCAACAAAAUUUUGAAUUAAAUGGUAGUAAUAAUGGACAUGGGUCAACAAAUGGUAAUGGAUAUUUACAUCAUAAUAAUCAAGAAAAUCAAUCUAAAAAUGGUCAAUCUUCAGAUUAUUUAAUGAAAGAAGAACAAAUUAAAUUAGAAGAAGAAAGAUUAAAAAAAUUUGAAGAAAGAGUUCAUCAAGAUUUAAUAACAAAAAGACAAGAAUUAUUAGAAAGAGAAAAUGAAUUAAAAGAAAUUGAAAAAAGAAUAUUAGCUGAAGGUUCAAAAUUAAAUGAAAAUGGUGAUGUAAUACAAGUUGAAGAAGAUUAA